UAAACCAUUUCAUAUUGUCACCUCGCAUCCUUUUGCCCUCAAUCAUGGCUUGCCAUCGUUUCCCUUUCUUUGCACCACUCAUCACUUUGUUAUUGAUGAGCAGUGAUACCAUCUCGGUUGGUGCCCGACGUCUCUUAGAAGAGUCUGUGCCUGAAAAACCCGAGCUUCCUAAACCCGAGUUGCCGCAUAUACCGUCCUUCCCAAAGGUUGAACUCCCAAAACCCGAGUUACCGAAAAUUUCAAAACUUGAAAUACCUAAAAUACCUGAGUUGCCUAAGCCUGAAUUACCUAAAGUUCCAGAGUUGCCAAAGCCUGAAUUGCCUAAGGUUCCUGAGUUUCCAACAGUGCCAGAGUUGCCAAAGCCUGAACUUCCUAAAGUUCCUAAGUUGCAGAAAUCUGAAGAAGUCAAAGUUCCAGAAUUACCUAAAGUUUCUGAGGUGACCAAAGCUCCUGAGUUACCAAAACCAGAAUUACCUAAAAUUCCUGAAUUACCAAAACCAGAAUUACCUAAAAUUCCUGAAUUACCAAAACCAGAAUUACCAAAAGUUCCAGAGUUAUCAAAGCCAGAAUUACCUAAAAUUCCCGAGAUACCAAAACCAGAAUUGCCUGAAGUUCCAGAGUUGCCAACAAUUCCCGAGUUACCAAAACCAAAAUUACCUAAAAUUCCUGAAUUACCAAAACCAGAAUUACCUAAAAUUCCUGAUUUACCAAAACCAGAAUUACCAAAAGUUCUUGAGUUACCAAAGCCAGAAUUACCUAAAAUUCCCGAGUUACCAAAACCAGAAUUACCUAAAGUUCCUGAAUUACCAAAACCAGAAUUACCUAAAAUUCUCGAGAUACCAAAACCAAAAUUACCCAAAACUCCUGAGUUACCAAAACCUGAAUCAACGGAGGUUCCAAAACUAUCCAAACCGUAAUUACCCAAAUUAUUAAAUUACUGAAACCCCAAAGUCAUGGCAAUGCCUUUUUUUUCUUCAACAUUAAACAUAUGGUUUAUAGGUAUUCUUCUUAUAAAAGAAUGUUUGAUUAUU